UCGGAGUCCAUCGAUCGGUCACUUGAGUUGUUUGGCUGUAUGUAUAGCUCCAAGAAUUACAGCAAACCUGCCGUCGCUGCCGAAGAGUGCUCAACUCAAUUAAAGUUUGAUUGGCCGGCCAUUAAUGAGUGCGCUUCGGGACCCUUGGGUCGGGGUUUGCACCUCAGGAGUGGCGAGAUUUUCCAGGCCCUUAAAAAUCCUAAACCCGAUUACGUGGACUGGAUUAUAGUCAAUGGUGUCCAUACGGAUGCCAUCAAUAAAAGGGCCGACACUGAUUUAUUGGGACUCAUAUGCGAUACCUAUACUUAUGUGAGCCAACAGUUGUACCCCACGUACCAGAAGUUGGGCUCAAUAUUGGACAUACAGCUCAAUACGUUCGCAUUCUAUAGCUGGACCAAUCAAACAAAACCUGAUGGCACCUAUGAUAUCACCAUCAAAAACUUGACCGAAGUCCAGGGUACUCUCAUUCAGGCUUGUGUGAUGGAAAUGGAGCCAAUAGACAAGACCCUGGCCCUAUUGUCCUGUAUGUUUACAUCACCUGAUUAUCAGACACAAGUGAACGCCGGGAAACAGUGUUCAGAAAAGUUGGGUCUUAAUUGGGCUCAAAUAAACGAGUGUGCUCAGGGUCCUUUAGGCCGUGGACUAUACAUUCAGGGCUUUGAGCGAAUGAUGGCGGUUAAACCCAAAAUCACCUGUAUUUCAUACGGCAAUAUGUAUGUCAUAUAUUUAGCGCCCCUUUUGCUGGCAAUUGUAGGCAUAUCCGAGUCCAGUGCCGAACCACUCGUUCAGCUCAAUGUCUAUUACGAGAGUCUUUGUCCCGAUUGUAAACAAUUUCUCAGCACUCAAUUGAUUCCCAAUUACAAGAAGUUACAGUCAAUUAUGUCUGUAGAGUUGGUGCCCUUUGGUUGGGCUAAGGUGACCAGGGUCAACCACACUGAUGGUACAUUUGAUGUCAACUUCACGUGCCAGCACGGGGUACAGGAGUGUAUUGGCAAUCAAAUACACAAUUGUGUCCUAAACUCGGAGUCCAUCGAUCGGUCACUUGAGUUGUUUGGCUGUAUGUAUAGCUCCAAGAAUUACAGCAAACCUGCCGUCGCUGCCGAAGAG